AUGAAAAUCUUCAAAGUUCUGUGGGGAUUAGUUCAUAUAGGGAUUUUCGUUGCCGUGUCCGUUGUUACCUUGAUAAUAUUAUCCAAGUCCGAAAAUGAGAAGAAAGGUAUUUUCGAGCUUUCGUUCGGAUCUGCGCCAUCAAUUCGUAGCUUGCCAGGUCCUUUGCAGGACGCCCCAUUUCCAGCAACAAAGAUCGUCGAAGGCGUUGACGAUAUCGCCAACUAUGCUACUACGCUUGUAGUUGAGGCCACUCGAGUGGCGGGUGACGUAAAGGACAAGGCAAGCAGCGCUAUAGCAGCUGCUGAGACCUUUGCUGCUGGAUUCAUUCCCAAAGGCUGCAGUUUCGGCACCAAGUACAUGUGUAUCGAUCUUAAAAGUGGCUUCUCAGAGUGUACAGCAUUCCCAGUUGACCAUAAAGUCCCAUGGGAUCAACUUGCAUCAUCUUCGGACGUCAUUUCUUAUAUCCGGUACGAUAUUAACUUUCGCUGCGACUACACUAUCAAAGGCGAACCCCCUUCGUUUCCCGUUUAA